GAGCCCUGGCCGUGAGGGAGAAGGGGGCCCGUUCUGAGGGGGUCCCCACGUAGGGAGUGUGAGGGGUGCCUGCCUCUGAUGCUGGGGGGAGCCCCGCAGAGCGCCUGAGCCGAGCAGGGCUCCCGCCCGGCCGCUCCUCCCGUCGGGGCUGAGCAGGGGGCGGAGGCGGGCUGCCGAGCUGCUGCCGUCACGCGCGCCUUUUCCCUCAGCCCUUCGCCGAGCAGCAGCGGCGGCCCCAGCCCGGCUCCCACGCCCUCCCCAGCCGGGUGGCGGGCGGCAGCGCCAUGCAGCCUCCACCUCCUCCUCGCCGGCUCUGAGUCCAUGCCAUGCUGCUGCCGCCGCUCCUGCCGGCGCUGCUGGCCGCCUGCCUGCCCCCCUGCCAGGGCUGGAGCCCCGCCGCGGCCGGCGGGGGGCAGGAGGAGCCGGAGCUCUUGCUGCCCCCCAUCAACUCCUCCUCGCGCUCCCUGGCCAGCCUGGAGCGGGACCUGCGCGGGGUGGGCGGGCAGGCUGAGGCGGGCAGCCCCAGCCAGGAGCCGCCUCCCGCCGCCGCCGGCCAGCAGCCGCCCCAGCCCCCCGAGGAGGCGCCCUGCAACAUCAGCGUGCAGCGGCAGAUGCUGAGCUCGCUGCUGGUGCGCUGGAGCCGCCCGCUGGGCAUCCCGUGCGACCUGCUGCUCUUCUCCACCAACGGCCACGGGCGGGCCCUCUUCUCCGCCGCCUUCCACCGCGUGGGGCCGCCGCUGCUCAUCGAGCACCUGGGGCUGGCGGCGGGGGGAGCCCAGCAGGACCUGCGCCUCUGCGUGGGCUGCAGCUGGGUGCGGGGACGCCGGGUCGGGCGGCUCCGGGCAGCGGCCGCCGCCUCCUCCUCCUCCUCGCUGUCCGAGCCCGGCCAGUACUGGCUGCAGGGGGAGCCGCUGAAUUUCUGCUGCCUGGAUUUCAGCCUGGAGGAGCUGAAGGGGGAGCCGGGCUGGCGGCUGAACCGCAAGCCCAUCGAGUCCACCCUGGUGGCUUGUUUCAUGACUCUCGUCAUCAUCGUGUGGAGCGUGGCCGCCCUCAUCUGGCCGGUGCCCAUCAUCGCCGGCUUCCUGCCCAACGGCAUGGAGCAGAGGAGAAGCACCGCGGGGGCUGCGGGCGCCACCGCCGCUGGCAAAUAACCCCCCUCCCACCCCGGCUGGGGCCGCCCUCCUCAGUUUGCUGGGCGAUCCGCUCCCGCGGGGCUCCCGAGACUGGGGCUGGUGGACUCGCUUCCCCUCCCCGCGCGCUCUUUGUAAACGCUUAACCCGGGGUUGUUGUUGGUGGUGUGUGUGUGUGUAGCACUUUAAAGCCUUGCCCAAGUUUCUUGGUGUCCAAUGCAGGCGAGUGUGGCGGUCGGGGGGUUGUCUGGGACCUCACGGUUUCUCUGCAAUGAAUCCUUUGCGGAGCAUUGCUCCCUCCCCAGUAGUCAAAGGGAUUUGAUUUUAUUUUCAUGUGCCCAAGAUUCAUAGCAGAAAACGACCAAAUCCUGUGUAUUUGUUUUCUAUAUUUAAUAGGCGUUUUAAAUGGACGUUUUAGUAAAAAAAAAAAUAAUAAUUAAAAAAAAACCCGAAAAACCCUAUUCGUUUGCAGUUGUUUUAGUCAGAGUAGCUAUUUGUAUAUGAACAAAUUUGUCGUAGCAGUUUUAUUUACAUCAGACAAAUCUUUUCUGGCAGGAUUUAAAACUGAUAUAUUGUUAUUGCUGAAACUGAACUUUAAUGAAACUUUUACAAUGUAUUUCCCAUUUCAGAUAAUGUGUAUUUAAUAUUGUAGUUCUGCGUUACUUGGCUUUUAAUACAGAGAUUUUCUUUCUGGAA